AUGGUUUACUUAAAGAGCGGUUGUGGUUGCGGCUGCUCCAUUAACAAUGUGUUCGCCGGGAGCUUGAGCAAGUACUCCAAGCAGCUGGCAACUGUCUACAACAACAACAACAACAACAGAGGCAGCUGCGGAGGCGCCUGCUCGAUCGACCGGGCGAAGGAUUGCUGCGGUGCGACGCGGCCUCUGGACGUGUCGGAACGGAUACAGUGGCUGCGACGGUACCGGCUGCACGUGUCCAAGUCCACCUGCGAAUGCCGCAAGAACUCGCCCAGGGAUUAUUGGUUUGAUACGAAUCGUGGCACCAUUUUGGCCCUGAGCCGGGCGGUGGGUCUCCAUGCGGACGUAGUCUCAGACUUUCUGUACACGCUGACCAUGCAGAACUUCGCCAAGGUGCUGAAUCCGCGCGGCUCCUACUGGUACAAUUGCCAUGUGCCACUGUGCAACUUCGACACCUGCGACUUCUACUGCGGCAUCUUUGACAGCGAGGGCAAUGUGCGCACUCCCUACCAGCCGGAGUCGCUGGUCAAGCUGUUGGCCGUGCUGCAGUCGGUGCUCAAGGAGGGCAAGGAGUCGGACAAUGGUGCGCACAGUAGUCUCUUUGGCGACGCCAAAUACCCGGCACGGAAAUUCGGUCCGAAGCCCACGCGGCACAGUAAGAAGCUCACUGACCGCUCGGGCAUCGGACCGAACUCCCUGGCCAGGCAGAACGGGCUGAGACGUCGCUAUAAGCAAUACGAAAGGUAUCGUUUGGAUGGCCUUGAUCCAAUUGCCUUAUGGAAGCCCUGCCUUGGACCUGACUGGACUUUCGAUCACGCGCUUGAGCCUCAAUUUCGUGUUGGGAAACCAGGCGCUGGCAAUGCCGAAAUCACUAAAACCACCUUUGAUGCGACUAGAAGGAGAAUGUAUUUUGGCGAUAAGGUGGGCUAUUUAGGUCCCAGCAAAGGUCUAAUACCCAAAGCCACAAAUGGCCAACAAGUUUAUGUUGGGGAGAAGCGGGGCCCCGCGAUUGGGAGUUCGGUGCGGGGCUCAAAUUUACGGAACCUGUUAAAUCAGAUUAAGGAUCAUUUGGGCAUCGAGCGGGACCUGGACGAUUUGGUAGUUGCCUUGCAAGGAUUCGAUCUGAAGCAGGCUCGGGAAAGCGAGAUGGACAGAACAAAGGGCAUGGCGCGGCACUUAUCCAACGAAUACAAUGAAAUUAUAAAAGGCGACACCAGCUCCUUACCAAUAACCGAGAAAUAUCACAAUACGCCCAGGCGAAGUGAGCCCACCUCGGCACGGGUCUCAGUCAGAUCCCAGAAGCUGUCGGUGAAAGACGAGAAGGCUCGGUUCUAUUAUGGAGCACAGGUGCCGAUACUGGCGCAUAAACCCUUCGAUCCGGAUAUGCCGGAGACUUGGAUUCGUCGCCAUCCGACGGCUGCUCGCAUGGAUGAUAAAGGCAACGUCGUCGAACGGGGCAUCAUUCAUCGCUACAGACGCAAAUCCGUUGAAAAGCGACUGCAGGAAGCCCGUAAAGGCAUGUCAAUACGCUCCGUGUACAGUCAAACCUCUGACGUGGAUGUCAAAAGAGAGACGCAUUAA